GUGGCUAACGUUCGCUCUUCUGGCCGGCGGACCGGCAGGAGCGGCGGUGCUGCCAAGGCCUGACGCGCACCGCCCGGGAGGCUCCGAGGGAGGGCACUGGGCCCUGAGGGCGGCGUCCCCACCGGCGGCGCUAGGACCCAGUGGGGAGCGGCGGGGGCGGAGCGGGCGGCACCAGGACCCGGGGGAACCUCGGCGGGCGGGCGGGCGGUGAGCAGGCCCCGGGCCGGGAGGCUGCGGGCGGCGGCGCUGGGCCCGGCGCGGCGAGAGGCCCGGAGAUGCCGAGCAAGAAGAAGAAGUACAACGCGCGUUUCCCGCCGGCGCGGAUCAAGAAGAUCAUGCAGACGGACGAGGAAAUUGGGAAGGUGGCGGCGGCGGUGCCCGUCAUCAUCUCCCGGGCCCUGGAGCUGUUCCUGGAGUCGCUGUUGAAGAAGGCCUGCCAGGUGACCCAGUCCCGGAACGCCAAGACCAUGACCACAUCCCACCUGCAGCCGGGCGCUGCCAGAGGCCAUCCCCUCCCGCCUUUCAGGAAGCAGUGCAUUGAGCUGGAGCAGCAGUUUGACUUCUUGAAGGACCUGGUGGCGUCUGUGCCUGACAUGCAGGGGGAUGGGGAAGACAACCACAUGGACGGGGACAAGGGUGCCCGCAGGGGCCGGAAGCCAGGCAGCAGCAGCCGGAAGAAUGGUGGGAUGGGAAGCAAAGGCAAGGACAAGAAGCUAUCAGGGACAGACUCGGAGCAGGAGGAUGAGUCCGAGGACACUGACACUGAUGGGGAAGAGGAGACACCGCAGGCCCCACCCCAGGCCAGCCACCCCGCUGCCCACUUUCAGAGGGAAAUGGGAUGCGGUCUCCCACCCAACACGAUGAAGUCUGACGCCACCAAGUGCUGCAGAGGAGGUGGCGACUCCCAAACUCAAGCUGUUGGUGGGAAUAUCAGUUGGUGCAACCACCUUAGAAAACGGUUUCUCAUUGAGUCUUAAUACACGCUUUCCUGCCAUGUAGCAGUGCCCCGGGCACACGUCCACCACAAGACACCAGCAUGCUCAUAGUCCCCAGUGGAAACCAGCCCGAAUGCCCAUCAGCAAGAGCACGGGUAAGUCAGUGGUAGGAUGUUGCUUCACCGAACAGCAAUAAAGAAGGAGCCAGGCCCUAGCCAGUUUGGCUCCGUGGAUAGAGCAUCGGCCCUUGGACUGAAGGAUCCUGAGUUUGAGUCCAAUCAAGGGCAUGUACCUGGGUAGCAGACUCAAUACCCAGCCCUGGUAGGGUGCCUGCGGAAGGCAACCAAUCGAUGUCUCUCUCUCACAUCAAUGUUUCUGUCUCCCCCUUCCUUCCACUCUCUCUAAAGAAA